GCGUACGUGCAGCAACCGACUCCGCCCAGCGAGGCGGAGCCUAGGGAAGCCGCGGGCGGCCGGCCGCGGUCCGGGAGCUGUUGCUGCUGCUGCGGCGGCUGCACCGGCGGCACCGAGGCCGAGAUCGAGGUCGGGGUGCGCGCUUAGCAAACGUGCCCUAUCCGUGCGGCUUGGCUGCGCCAGCCCUUGCGGCCACCCGGGCGUCUAGGCGGGUCUGUACGCCGCCCCGGCGAGGAUGCGGCUGUUCCGGUGGCUGCUGAAGCAGCCGGUGCCCAAGCAGAUCGAGCGCUACUCGCGCUUCUCGCCGUCGCCGCUCUCCAUCAAACAGUUCCUGGACUUCGGGAGAGAUAAUGCAUGUGAGAAAACUUCAUAUAUGUUUCUACGAAAGGAACUUCCUGUGCGGCUGGCUAACACAAUGAGAGAAGUUAAUCUUCUGCCGGAUAAUUUACUUAACCGCCCUUCAGUGGGAUUGGUUCAGAGUUGGUAUAUGCAGAGUUUUCUUGAACUUUUAGAAUAUGAAAAUAAGAGCCCUGAGGAUCCACAGGUCUUGGAUAACUUUCUACAAGUUCUGAUUAAAGUCAGAAAUAGACACAAUGAUGUGGUUCCUACAAUGGCGCAAGGAGUGAUUGAAUACAAGGAGAAGUUUGGGUUUGAUCCUUUCAUUAGCACUAACAUCCAAUAUUUUCUGGAUCGGUUUUAUACCAACCGCAUCUCGUUCCGCAUGCUUAUUAAUCAGCACACACUUCUGUUUGGGGGUGACACUAAUCCUGUUCAUCCUAAACACAUAGGAAGUAUCGAUCCCACCUGUAAUGUGGCGGAUGUGGUGAAAGAUGCAUAUGAAACAGCCAAGAUGCUGUGUGAACAGUAUUACCUGGUAGCUCCAGAGCUGGAAGUGGAAGAAUUCAAUGCCAAAGCGCCAGACAAACCUAUUCAGGUGGUUUAUGUGCCCUCACAUCUGUUUCAUAUGCUAUUUGAGUUGUUCAAGAACUCAAUGAGAGCAACAGUCGAACUCUAUGAAGACAGAAAAGAGGGCUAUCCCGCUGUUAAAACCCUCGUUACUUUGGGUAAAGAAGACUUAUCCAUUAAGAUCAGUGACCUAGGUGGUGGUGUCCCACUUCGAAAAAUAGAUCGUCUUUUUAACUACAUGUAUUCGACUGCUCCUAGACCCAGCCUGGAGCCUACCAGAGCUGCCCCUUUGGCUGGAUUUGGUUAUGGUUUGCCAAUUUCCCGUCUGUAUGCUAGAUAUUUUCAAGGAGAUCUGAAACUGUAUUCUAUGGAAGGAGUGGGUACUGAUGCUGUCAUUUAUUUGAAGGCUCUUUCAAGUGAGUCAUUUGAGAGACUUCCAGUUUUUAAUAAGUCCGCAUGGCGCCAUUACAAGACCACACCUGAAGCCGACGAUUGGAGCAAUCCCAGCAGUGAACCCAGGGAUGCUUCAAAAUACAAAGCGAAACAGGACAAGAUCAAGACUAAUAGAACUUUCUAGAGGACUGAAUGCUCUGGUCCUCUCUGUGAAGAAAGAUUGCCUUCUGCAAGUCAACCAGAGAGAACUGCUUUCUCCCACCUGCUCUGAGCGUGGCAUCAUAGUUAUUCCUAGUGCUUGAAUGUGUAUUUUCUCUGUACCACCUGGACUUUCCCAAGGAGCUUUUCCUGUAGCUACUCAGAUCUUCCACUAAAGUAGUAACUUAUGACAUCUUGUUGUGGUGUGAUUGAUGCCUGUCACCGAAGAGCACCGAGCCUCCUUACAGCUCUUGUGCCCUCGUACUCUCCAUCUUGUUUCCAUAGCAUCUGAUGUCUUCAGUCCUUCCAGGAUUCCGUGCACCUUUCCCAUUGCAGAUACAGCAGAUCGUACUGUCCUUGUGACCAAAUAUCAUAUUUGUCCCAAACCUCCACCUAGGGCCCCGGGACCCUGGAAGCGGAAGACAUCAGCUGGCCACGCCCUGAUGAUUUAGUCCCAGAGCCCUCCGUCUGUCCCAUGCCUCCCUCCGCCACUCUAUGAUUUAGGCUUUUGCCUUCUUCCAUCUGAUCGGAUUCUCAUUGUGAGGUUGUGGCGACUUUCAUGUUAGAUCUUCUUCACUGAUGCCUUCGUUUUAUUUUAAAAUUCAUUUGUAUAUUUCUGUCGAUUAAAGCAUUCCAAAUGUUAUCUUAGAAUUUUUCCCCCAACUGCUUGGUUUCAAAGAUCUUAAGUGAAAAACUGCCUCCUGGUCAAUUCCACAUUUGCACAGCGUGUGAAGUGGAGUUUUUAUGCUUCUGUCAAACUUCUAUCCAUCUAAUACAGUACCUGUGCAGAUUGUAUUCCUUUGUGGUCUUCUAAGGAAUUGGAAGUUUCUGUGUGAUGCACUUUACUAGCUGUAAAAUAGACUAUUGGAGGGAAAAGGCCUCUCUAGUUUAUUUUUGAAAAAUGCUCCAGGUCUUGAUAAUUUUCAUUUUCAUUCAUCUUAGUUUUAGAAUUGUCAGCUCAGUCUGAUUUUCACAAUCCUUUUUGCUAAAAGUUGGAAGUGGGAAUUAGCAGACGAUUUGGGAUAAGGAAAGAGGAAUGAUGUUAUAUUUACCCUUAGGAAUAGAAGUGACCGAAGAAUCCGGAUUGAUACCAGCAUCCUAUAUACAGCUCCACAGGAUGUGCUUCUCUUCAUGAUAAUUUUCCAUAUAUAUCAUCUGUUUUGACUUCCACCCUGUUUUAAUGUCCGUAUAAAUGUUUCAGUCCAAUUUGUAAGUGUUGAGUCCACUGAUGUAGAAGUUCUGACUUGUAAACCAUUCAUCCUGCUUUAGUCAUAUGAUAGUACCAAUGCAAUUAGCUCCACUCCCACCACCGUGGGGGAUUGCUCCCCGAGACGAGGUGUGCUUUGACCAGCUGCAUGUGGCUUGAUUGCAUUCCUAUUUCUCUUCAUUCCACUGGAUCUUGUUUUCUUUUAUUUCGUUAUAUUACCUGAGCUCAGGGUAGUUCCAUUCAUCUUUAGAAAGAGCUCAUCUCUUCCAUCCUUAGAAGGAUCUCAUCAGAGAACUCAUAUAUAAUCAAUCAGGUAAAAGAAAUACUGAUGUACUUCCGAGAGACUGGUGAGAGGUGGGCCAUAGGAAGCCCAUAGGUCUGAGGACCGAGUCAGUGUCUUGGGAAUGGGACUGUUCCAUAUGAUUAGUUUUGUGUGGCAUAAAAGAUGUUAAAAAAAAAAAAAAAAAAAA